CUUUUUGCCUUCCCUCUUUUUAUUUUUUUUUUUUUUUUUUUUUUUUUUUUUUUUUUUUCUCUCAUUCCCUUCCCUUCUGGAUGCAGAGCCUGUGUUUUGAUGCAGAGCCUGUGGAUGCCACAGCCUGGUAAGGAGAUGACACGCCAGUCCCUGGUCCCCCGUGCCCCGUGAGCCGGGGGCAGGGGCCUGGGGGCAGUGCCGGUUCCCCUCGCUGGGCAGAGCGGGGGGGUCUCUCCCUGUCCCCGAGCAGCAGCAGCAGCAGCAGCGGCCAUGGACAAGCUGCCCCCCUCCAUGCGCAAGAGGCUCUACAGCCUGCCCCAGCAGAUCGGACCCAAGGCGUCGAUCAUGGACGAGGAAGAUGACAGCGACAAGGACACCCGCAGGAAAAGCAUCAGGCUCAAGCCACUGCCUUCGCCCUCUGCUGGGAGCACCCGGGCCCUCGGGGGGGACCCCGGCCGAGGGGGAGACCCCGGCCUGCUGGAGACGGAGGCCGGCGGCAAGGGCGCCAAGACCAGCACCAACGGGGACUGCCGCCGCUUCAAAGGGAGCCUGUCCUCGCUCACCAGCAGGCACCUCCACGACGCGGCCGAGGAGAAGCGGCUCAUCGGCGGCGAGGGGGAGCCGGCCUCUCCCGGGGAGGACAAGAGCCCCCCCGGCAGCGGGGAGCUGGAGCAGGGGCUGCCUGGGCCCCCACCGCCCGCCUCCCCCCCGGAGCCCCAGCAGCCGCCCCCCCGGACCUGCUCCUCGAGCUCCAUCAAAGUGGAGGGAGGUGGAGGGUGCGACCAGAUCACCCCAGAUGAGGAGCAGAGGCUCGGCCAGGCCGGUUUCAUGCAGAGGCAGUUCGGGGCCAUGCUCCAGCCGGGGGUCAACAAAUUCUCCUUGAGGAUGUUUGGCAGCCAGAAGGCCGUGGAGAGGGAGCAGGAAAGAGUUAAGUCUGCCGGGUUCUGGAUCAUCCAUCCCUACAGCGACUUCAGGUUUUACUGGGAUCUCACCAUGCUGCUGCUGAUGGUAGGGAACCUGAUCAUCAUCCCUGUGGGCAUCACUUUCUUCAAGGAUGAAAACACCACCCCGUGGAUUGUCUUCAACGUGGUUUCGGACACGUUCUUCCUCAUCGACCUUGUCCUCAACUUCCGGACAGGCAUCGUGGUGGAGGACAACACCGAGAUCAUCCUGGACCCGCAGAGGAUCAAGAUGAAGUACCUGAAGAGCUGGUUUGUGGUGGAUUUUAUCUCCUCCAUCCCCGUGGACUACAUCUUCCUGAUCGUGGAGACGCGCAUCGACUCCGAGGUGUACAAGACGGCGCGGGCCCUGCGCAUCGUGCGCUUCACCAAGAUCCUGAGCCUGCUGCGCCUGCUGCGCCUCUCCCGCCUCAUCCGCUACAUCCACCAGUGGGAGGAGAUCUUCCACAUGACCUACGACCUGGCCAGCGCCGUGGUGAGGAUCGUCAAUCUGAUCGGGAUGAUGCUGCUGCUGUGCCACUGGGACGGCUGCCUGCAGUUCCUGGUGCCCAUGCUGCAGGACUUCCCCGACGACUGCUGGGUGUCCCUCAACCGCAUGGUGAACGACUCCUGGGGGAAGCAGUACUCGUAUGCCCUGUUCAAGGCCAUGAGCCACAUGCUGUGCAUCGGCUACGGGCAGCAGGCGCCGGUGGGGAUGUCGGACGUGUGGCUCACCAUGCUCAGCAUGAUCGUGGGGGCCACCUGCUACGCCAUGUUCAUCGGCCACGCCACCGCCCUCAUCCAGUCCCUGGACUCCUCGCGCCGCCAGUACCAGGAGAAGUACAAACAGGUGGAGCAGUACAUGUCCUUCCACAAGCUGCCUGCCGACAUGCGGCAGCGCAUCCACGACUACUACGAGCACCGCUACCAGGGCAAGAUGUUCGAUGAGGAGAGCAUCCUGGGGGAGCUGAGCGAGCCCCUGCGGGAGGAAAUCAUCAACUUCAACUGCCGCAAGCUGGUGGCCUCCAUGCCCCUGUUUGCCAACGCAGACCCCAACUUUGUGACGUCCAUGCUGACCAAGCUGAAGUUCGAGGUGUUCCAGCCCGGGGACUACAUCAUCCGGGAGGGCACCAUCGGCAAGAAGAUGUACUUCAUCCAGCACGGCGUGGUCAGCGUCCUCACCAAGGGCAACAAGGAGACCAAGCUGGCUGAUGGCUCCUACUUUGGAGAGAUCUGCCUGCUGACGCGUGGCCGGCGCACGGCCAGCGUGCGCGCCGACACCUACUGCCGCCUGUACUCGCUGUCCGUGGACAACUUCAACGAGGUUCUGGAGGAGUACCCCAUGAUGAGGAGAGCCUUCGAGACCGUGGCUCUGGACAGGCUGGACAGGAUUGGCAAGAAGAACUCCAUCCUGCUCCACAAAGUGCAGCACGACCUCAACUCGGGGGUGUUCAACUACCAGGAGAACGAGAUCAUCCAGCAGAUCGUGCAGCACGACCGGGAGAUGGCUCACUGCGCGCACAACGUGCAGGCGGCCGCGGCCGCCGCCUCCACGCCCACGCCGGUGAUCUGGACGCCGCUGAUCCAGGCCCCGCUGCAGGCGGCCGCCGCCACCACCUCGGUGGCCAUCGCCCUGACGCACCACCCGCGCCUGCCCACGGCCAUCUUCCGCCCGCCCGUGUCCGUGCUGGGCUCGCUGGGCCAGCAGCCCAACCAGACCCCCAGGCAGCUGAAGAGGUUCCAGUCGCUCGUCCCGUCCGCCGGCCCCUCGGCCGUGGGCUCCCCGUCCAGUACGCCCUCGCAGCUGCACACGCCGGGCGCCGAGACGCCCUCGUCCUCCUCCUUCCACAUCCAGCAGCUCGCCGGCUUCUCGGCCGCCGCCGGCCUGGGCCAGUUCCAGGUGGGGUCUCCUCCGGGGGGCUCCGGCCAGGCGGGGCUCAGCAGCGCCUCCUCGGUGGGGCUGAGCCAGUUCCAGAGUGCACCCUCUGGGUCACCCUUAGGCGCGGCUCAGCCCCCGCAGCAGCAGCAGCAGCGGCAGCAGCAGCAGCAGCAGCAGCAGCAGCAGCAGCAGCAGCAGCAGCAGCCAGCCCUGUCCAGCAGUGGAUUUGGGCACUUCCAGCAAGCCACAGCGAGCUCCCCAUCGACAUCGCUCACCCAGCUCUCAUCAAACUCCCCCCCCAGUCUCCUGAACCAGUUCCAGCCCACCACGAGACCACUGCAGGGGGGACAGUCGCAGCAGCAGCAGCAGCUCUCGGGCAGUGGGACCCUGGGGGGAUUGAACCACUUCCAAGCCCCUCCUUCUUCCAACUCUCCAUCCUCCAGCCUAAGCCAGCUGGCGCAGGCCUCGGGCGGGCCGUCCGCGGGGCUGUGCCAAACACAUCCAAGUGCUUUAGGAUCUCUGACUGGAACGAUAGCCCAGCUCCACCAGGAGCGGCCUCCCUUCGCCCCCGCGGCCCCGCUCCAGCAGCCCGGCAUCGCCUCUCCCUGUUACACCCCUUCUGGCCUUAGUCCUCCCAGCCAGAGCCCGGUGGCCACCAGAACUUUCCAGAGCGGCGCCGCGGGGCCCUCGGGCUCGCACGGCUCCCUGCUGCUGCCGCAGCCCGCCAGCCCCCCGGCCCAGGCGCUGCCGCCGCGCCUCAACCAGGACAUCAAGCUGAUCUCGGCAUCCCAGCCCUCUCUGCCCCAGGAGCUGGCUCAGACGCUGGGCCGCCACAGCUCUCCUCAUUCCUCUAGAGAAUCUGUUUCCAGCUUCUCCCCUUUCCCCGGCGGUGGGAGCGGACUCCUGGGGAAGCCUUGCAGCUCGGUCCCCGGGCGGGUGACGCUGCCACGCCAGAUGUCCUCAGGUUCUCUGCCACACCCGCUGGCCUUGGCCGCCGGCGGGCGCAAAGAGUCCAUAGUGCUCACGGGGGAUCUGGAGCCCGUCAGGUCCAAACUGCCCUCCAAUUUGUGAGGACUCCUGCAGGAGCUGCCUGUGCCAGCUCUGCCCUUCAGUUCCUGAUGAGUUCACCGAGCGAUUUUUUCCUUUCCUUCCCCUUCUGCGCCACUCCUGCUUUGUUUUCUUUUUUUCCCCCUCCAUUUCUUUUGUUUAGGUUUAACUGUGCUUAGAAACAAAGGAAAAAAAAAAAAACACAUGAAAAACAACGGAAAAAAAAAAAGAAGAUAACCAGGUAUUCUUAGAGCUAUAGAUUUUUGGUCACUUGAUUUUAUAGAAUAUUUUAAUACACAGGAAAAAAAGGAUACGAGCAAAUUUAAUCCAACGAGGUAACGCACAGCCGGGGCGAGUGCCUGAGCUGGAACACGUGAAUGAGCAGCCAUAGAAGCCACCAAAAAGGUUUUCCUGUUGAGACAAAAACCCGAGGUUGAUGUGGGCCACAGAAGGGGCCGUGGGGUCAGGCCCGGAGCUGGUGUUUGUGGAGCAGCCCUGGUUGGCCUCAGCUUUGCCCCAGCUGUGACCCUGGGGCUGGGGACGUGGGUGGCCCAGCACACACCACAAGUGUCCCUCUCUCCCUGCCAGGUGUCCCUCCCUCCCUGUCCUCAGCAGGUCACAGAGGAGCUGGGAAGGGGCGAGUUCUCUCUUGCAGA